CAUGUCAUUUUAUAGUUCAUGAUUAAGCACUCGAGCAAAAUAUUUUAAUUUUCACUAUUGUUUAGUAUGAUUGUUUUUGUUUAAUAUGUCUAUAUAUUAAUAUUGAUGUAGUCUAAUUUAAAUUACGCGAUUUUUCGUAGUGAGUUUACUUAUUUAAUAAUAGUCGAACUGUAUAUUUAGAGUCAUGGACCUUGAAGAUAAUGCACUGGGCUUAACCCAUGAACAAACAGAUAAAAUUCUUCAAUUUCAAGAUUUAACUGGCAUAGAAGACAUGUCAAUAUGCAGAGAUGUGUUACAAAGGCAUCAGUGGGAUUUAGAGGUUGCAAUACAAGAGCAGUUGAAUAUAAGGGAAGGGCGGCCGUCGGUAUUUGCUACAGAAGCGAGGGCUCCUCCUGUGGUUCAUGAUCACAUUGCCCAGCAGGUUUUCACAGAUGAGCCUCCAGAGGGCCCUGGCGGCAUGCGUGGGCUAUUACGCUAUGUUGUGAAUUUAGUUGUAUCAAUGUGCUACAGCACUAUAUCAUCUGUUUUAAAUCUGCUCUUAAGUUUUGUACGAAAUGAUGAGAGGAGAUUAGUGACAGAUCCAUUAGGUGAUGUGAUGAGUUUCAUCAAUAGCUAUACAGCCCGUUACAACCCACAUCCAGUGUUCUAUCAGGGCACAUAUGCACAAGCUCUCAAUGAUGCCAAGAAUGAGUUGAGAUUCCUGAUUGUAUAUCUUCAUUCAGAUUCUGCUACAGAAACACAAAACUUUUGCAGAUCUACUUUAGCCGAUCCAGAAGUAAUUCAAUACAUCAACACCCAUGCACUAUUCUGGGGGUGUUCUGUGGAUACUGCGGAGGGAUGGCGAGUUGCACAGUCAGUAGGCGGGCGGCGGUACCCCUUGCUUUGUGUGGUAUGCGUUCGUGAGCAUCGCAUGACAGUUGUUGCACGCAGUGAAGGUUCAUGCUCUUCGUCACAGUUGUUGCAGCGAUUACGUCAUGUAGUCGCUGACAAUGAGCCACAUCUUGCAGCUGCUAGAGCUGAUCGUGUGGAGCGCGAAGUGACGGCGCAACUGCGAGCGGCUCAGGAUGAGGCGUACGCGGAGUCCCUCGCGGCCGACCAAGAGAAAGAACGGCGCCGCGCAGCCGACCGCGCUGCUCGCCAGGAGCGUGAGAAUGAGGACUUGCGGCGGCGGCAGAUGGAGGAACGUCGCAAACAGGAGGUGAUAGAGGCCCGUGCUGCGAUGGCGGCGCGGCUGCCCGCGGAACCGGCGGCGGGCGCGGGCACCGUGGUACUGCUCAUCCGGUUACCUGGCGGCGAGCGCCUCACCAGGCGGUUCACGCUCUCGCACACUACUCAGGACCUAUAUGACUUCGUGUUCAGUCAUCCUCAAGCUCCCGAAGAGUUUGAGAUAACAACAAACUUCCCGAAACGAGUGCUGGCGCGCGGCACCGCCAACUUGCUUGACGCUGGACUCAAGGACCGUGACGUGCUCUUUGUCAACGAUGUGAACGCGUAGACCUCGCCUUAACAUUACCAGUUCAUCAUGGUCAAGUUAUAUGAAAAUGUUAUGGUGGUAAUUAAGGCUGAACAUAUCCUGAGAUACUGGAGACCCAGUUGUCCACAGCAUAGGGCGGAGCACAUUUGUAUGACAUACUUCAUUCUCUUUAUUUUUUUCUCUAAGAUCUCAUUAUACGUAAGUUUUUAUUAAUAAAUAAUCAAUAAUUUCGAACUUAAAUCUGAAUAUUAAUUUUUAUUAUUUUCUGCAAUUUUUUUUUAAUUGCCACUGUCAUAAACUUUGAACAGCCUAUUAUGUUAUAUGUAUGUAGUUUAUUUAUCUGUGUUCUAAAAUGUCAUUGUGACGUCUGCCUCAAUUACCAUGCACUGCCAAUUCUAUACUAUGUUGCUCUGUAUCAUAUGUCUCAGCAUAUGUUUAGCCUAAUAAUUGGGCUGGGAACUGAGAUUAGAAUUAAAAAUUUACAACACUCAUAUUGUAGUGUUUAAUUUAGUCAGGAUUCUUUGAAAUCUAUUUCUAAAAUGAAUGUUGUGGGUACAUAACACAUAUUUUUUGUAAUAUACAGCAUGAAUUUACACUUCCAAAAAAAUAAAUAACUUAAGCCACAGUGUUAGAUAUGGCCAUUUUUAUUUCGAAUCAAGUAAAUUAUGCAUUUUAUAGAUCAAAGUUGAACAUACUUUAGAAAUAGUGAAAUCUUGUGUAGCUAUUUUUAGAAUAAAAGUAUAUGUUAUUGCACUGCAUAUUACCUCAAAAUGUACUACAUUGUAACACUCGUCGCAUCUUUGAUAUAUGUAUCUUACGUUAUUGGUCAUAUCUGCUGAGAUUAGGUAACCCUGGGGGUCAGGGUAAUUUUGUACUUAAUUGUAAUGAUUAAAGUAUACCAAAUUUCGGACUAUCAUAUACUUCAAGAUGACAAGUAAGUAUAUGACAAUAGAACUAGCUGUAACAAAGAGUAGGAAACAUUAUUACAUUGUCAUAUUGCCGAGUUUUUUUUUUUUUUUUUAAUUAAAUUCAUGACCUCUGUCUGAUAUGAAAAAAAGAUAAUUUGGUUAUGUAUUUAAAAAUAAAGGUUGCUACACUUAUUCCCUUUUUUCUUUGUAGACAUAUUUAAACAAAUUUUGCAACUGUAUGUAUUUUGGCAUAAACAAAUUAUAAUUAUUAUUUUAUUUAAGAUUUCCUAUGUUAAUGUAACAGAAUGUUUCGACGAUUGGUCAAAAUUGCGUUUACAGGUAGCAUUUUCAAUAAAGCUUGCUACUCGAGGACUUUGCUGUCAAUAAAUAUCUUCUUUUAUACACAGUAUGUAAAAAAUAUGGAAAAUUUAGAUCUUAGUAUCUAAAAUCCCGAGCGAACACAAAAACAACAUUUUCACCUAUAUUUAUUAACUAUUCUAUUUAUUCACUUAUAAAUUAAUAAAUUUGGAAAUAUAUAUUUAUAUUUACAGUGAAUAAUCAUGUGAAAUAUGAUUAUGUCUUUCACUUUUGAGUCCGGAGUCAUCUAGAAUUUGCUCAAAAUUGAAUUGAUUCAAUAAAAACUUGAAAUUGAGGAUACAUUAACUGAUAUUUCUGACUCUUCUUUCAUCAAUUUUUUUUUCUGAUAUCUACAAUUUUUCUUGUAAUAGUUUAUUUUUAUAUGAUUUUAGUUAAAAUUAAUAGCAUUAUAGUAUGAUUGUUAUAAAAUGUAUGUGUGUAUGUAAAAAUUUAUGUAACUGAUAGUUCCAAAUACAAUAGGUGUACAGAUGAUUUUAGAAAUAAAUCGUUAAAUGGGUGUGUCAUUUCAGUUACAAUUUGUAAGCAGUCCUAUUUAUUGUCAUUUUCCUUUUUUAUGACAAAUACUGGUGUAAUGUCGGUGAUAUUCAAUUAGUUGUUAUGUGAAGAAAGACAAGUAUGGUUUAGCUACAUUUUCCGUUCUAUACUUAUUAUCUAGUAAGUUGUGAUUGAUAUUUUAUAAGUUAGCAUUAUAUAAAUCAAAAUAUUUGUUCUAUUCUGAACUGUUUCCAAAUAGACAGAUCGGGAUCAACUAAUAAUGUUGACAUAAUAUUAUUUUUAUUAUAUUUUAAGUUUGUUUGCUGAUAGAAAUUGAAGCUUAUUUCUCAUUGUUAACUUCACAUUUGUAAGAUAGAAAUGUAUAAAUAAAAAUACGUUUUAAUCAUUCAUCAGGUGUGUUCAAAAUUAUAUGAGCAAUAAUCAACAAUAUUUAAGAGAAUAUUUACUAAAAAUACGAUACAUUUUACCUAAUGUGGAUCAAAUCGUAUUUUUGUAUACAUUUGUUAUAAGUGAAUGCAUUACGUGGGAAUGGAUCAAAGCAUUUACUUCGGAGGCGUAUUAAAUGUAUAUUAUUUUUUGUUGUAUAAUAAUAACGUUCCUUCUUUA